GCCCAAAUGUCCUUGCGUUAUUCUCUACGGUCCUUGCUGCCAACGCGCAGAUUCGCAUUGCCAACGAAUAUACAUAACCGAAAAAACUCGUCCGUCCCCAAGAAUGGAUCUGAGCCAGCUGGAGAAGAAGUCGAGAAAGGCAUUCCGGUAGAACCCACAGUUCCACUCCUUCAGCGACCUUUGGGAGUGAAGGAUCGUCCUCUACCACUGGAAAAGACGUGGGCGGAUACACGAGAAGAAAUGAUGGAUCAGGAGAAACGUCUUGAACAAAGAAGACAUUUAAUUAAAGAGGCUACGAAAGGCUACUUUACUGACCUGAACGCUACGCGACACCAUGGCGGGAAAACGUGGAUGGCGCCAAGUGUUAUGAUUCGGGAGGACAAAUCACUUUAUUUCCCUAAUAUCGUUGGGUCAAGUUUAGACACAAAACAGAAGAAGCACACUACUAGUAUCUGCGAGGGCCACGUCUCUGUAAUUUCCAUGCUGAACACGAAAAUGUCGGAGAUUCAUGUCAAUGGAUUUGUUUCUCUCGCGAACGAGCAUUUCUUAUCGCACCCGCUAUAUAAGUAUACUCAAAUCAACCUACAAGAAAACCUUCUUAAAUCAUUUCUCGUCUCACUUUUUCUAUCGUCCAUCGCGAAGUCUAUUCCCCCGGAACUACAUGCCACGUAUCUUGUCUCAGGCCAAAACAUGGAGUAUGUACGCGAACAGCUUGGGAUGGUCAAUAAGCAUGUGGGCUAUGUAUAUCUAGUGGAUGAAAACCUCAAAAUACGGUGGGCUGGUUGUGCAGAUGCGAAGACCGAGGAAACAGAUGCGCUGUAUCGCUGUGUGGGAGUGCUUCUCAAUAGGUUGGAGAAGAGUAAGAAGGCGGGCGGAACAACGAGUACCUUACAGAAGCCAGUCUAACAUUCGGACUCUAAUCAUUCCACGUCUUAGAACGUGUUGCCCCAAUGAGCUCUACUUAUCGUGUGCUUACACGUACUUGUUCUGUUCAAAACA